GUGGUGGGGGAACGACCCGGAGGCGGGAGGCGCAGUGGCUGAGGCGCGUGUGCGCCGGUGACCAGAAUUAGAUAGACCAUGACUGUGCCUUCGGUGGCGUCACUCGCUGGGCCGCUUUUCCUGAGAUUUCCCUAAGCCGUCUCCUGGUGGAACUGCUCCCAGAUUUUACCCACAAGUGCUUGUGGAAAAGAUGGCUGAUAUUAACCUCAAAGAAGUAACCUUAAUAGUAGGUGUGGUUACUGCCUGCUAUUGGAACAGCCUCUUUUGUGGUUUUGUUUUUGAUGAUGUUUCAGCAAUACUGGAUAAUAAAGACCUGCAUCCAUCUACACCUUUAAAAACUUUAUUUCAGAAUGACUUCUGGGGAACCCCUAUGUCUGAGGAGAGAAGCCACAAGUCUUACCGUCCCUUAACAGUAUUGACAUUUCGCUUAAAUUAUCUGUUUAGUGAGCUGAAACCAAUGUCAUAUCAUCUCCUAAAUAUGAUUUUUCAUGCUGUGGUUAGUGUGAUAUUUCUUAAAGUCUGCAAACUUUUUCUGGACAACAGGAGUAGUGUCAUUGCUUCUUUACUUUUUGCAGUGCACCCAAUACACACAGAAGCAGUAACCGGUGUUGUAGGAAGAGCAGAACUUUUGUCAUCUAUCUUUUUUCUAGCUGCAUUUUUGUCAUAUACCAAAUCAAAAGGACCAGAUAAUUCCAUAAUAUGGACUCCAAUUGCUUUGACAGUGGUUUUAGUUGCUGUUGCAACAUUGUGUAAAGAACAAGGAAUAACAGUUGUGGGAAUUUGCUGUGUGUAUGAAGUAUUUAUUGCCCAGGGGUAUACUUUGCCAUUAUUAUGUACUACUGCCGGACAGUUUUUCCGUGGGAAGAGUAAUAUUCCAUUUUCUAUGCUGCAGACACUAAUAAAACUCAUUGUUUUGAUGUUCAGUACACUAUUACUUGUUGUGAUUAGAGUCCAGGUCAUUCAGUCCCAACUUCCAGUAUUCACCAGAUUUGAUAACCCAGCUGCUGUAAGCCCAACUCCUACAAGGCAGCUAACUUUUAACUACCUCCUUCCCUUGAAUGCUUGGCUUCUAUUAAAUCCUUCGGAACUGUGCUGUGAUUGGACCAUGGGAACAAUACCACUUAUAGAAUCAUUUCUAGAUAUUCGAAAUCUUGCCACAUUUAUUUUCUUUUGCUUUUUGGGGGCUUUGGGGGUAUUCAGUCUCAGAUACCCUGGUGAUUCCUCCAAGACUGUUUUAAUGGCACUUUGUCUAAUGGCAUUACCAUUUAUUCCUGCAUCAAACCUUUUCUUCCCAGUGGGAUUUGUUGUUGCUGAGCGAGUAUUAUAUGUUCCUAGCAUGGGGUUCUGUAUUUUGGUAGCCCAUGGAUGGCAGAAAAUAUCAAACAAAAGUGUAUUAAAAAAGUUAUCCUGGGUUUGUCUGUCUAUGGUGAUAUUCACUCAUGCCUUAAAAACACUCCACAGAAAUUGGGAUUGGGAGUCCGAAUAUACAUUGUUUAUGUCAGCCUUGAAGGUAAAUAAAAAUAAUGCCAAAUUAUGGAAUAAUGUGGGUCAUGCUCUGGAAAAUGAAAAGAACUUUGAGAGAGCUUUGAAAUACUUCUUACAGGCUACUCAUGUUCAGCCAGAUGAUAUUGGUGCUCACAUGAAUGUAGGAAGAACUUAUAAAAAUUUAAAUAGAACCAAAGAAGCUGAAGAAUCUUACAUGAUGGCUAAGUCCCUGAUGCCCCAAAUUAUUCCUGGUAAAAAAUAUGCAGCCAGAAUUGCCCCUAACCACCUAAACGUUUAUAUUAAUCUGGCCAAUCUGAUCAGAGCAAAUGAGUCCCGGCUGGAAGAAGCAGAUCAGCUGUACCGACAAGCAAUAAGCAUGAGACCCGACUUCAAGCAGGCUUAUAUUAGCAGAGGAGAAUUGCUUUUAAAAAUGAAUAAACCUCUUAAGGCAAAAGAAGCAUAUCUUAAAGCACUAGAGCUGGACAGAAAUAAUGCAGAUCUUUGGUACAACUUGGCGAUUGUUCAUAUUGAACUUAAAGAACCAAAUGAAGCCCUAAAAAAUUUUAAUCGUGCUUUAGAAUUAAAUCCAAAGCAUAAGCUAGCAUUAUUCAAUUCUGCUAUAUUAAUGCAAGAAUCAGGUGAGGUUAAACUUAGACCUGAAGCUAGAAAACGCCUUCUUAGCUACAUAAAUGAAGAGCCACAAGAUGCUAAUGGUUAUUUCAAUUUGGGAAUGCUUGCCAUGGAUGACAAAAAGGACAGUGAAGCAGAGAUGUGGAUGAAGAAAGCCAUAAAAUUACAAGCCGAUUUUAGAAGUGCUUUGUUUAAUCUGGCUCUCCUGUAUUCUCAGACUGCAAAGGAAUUAAUGGCUUUGCCAAUUUUGGAAGAGUUACUCAGAUACUAUCCUGACCAUAUCAAGGGUCUUAUUUUAAAGGGAGACAUUCUGAUGAAUCAAAAGAAAGAUAUACUUGGAGCAAAAAAAUGUUUUGAAAAAAUUUUGGAGAUGGAUCCAAACAAUGUGCAAGGAAAACACAAUCUUUGUGUUGUUUAUUUUGAAGAGAAGGACUUACUAAAAGCUGAAAGAUGCCUGGUUGAAACAUUGGCAUUAGCACCACAUGAAGAAUAUAUUCAACGCCAUUUGAAUAUAGUCAGGGAUAAAAUAUCCUCAUCUAGUUUUGCAGAACAGCCAGUAUCCCCAGCUGGUAAGACUUCAGGUGUAGAAGGAGACAAAAUUCCAACUGAAAAUGUAAAAGAAGUAAGAAGUGAAUCCAGACCUACACAGAUCAUAAAACCAAGUGAUAAUAAAAGUCAGUCUAAGUCCAACAAACUAUUAGGAAAAAGUGCAGACAAAGAGACCCCCCAUAAAACAACAAAAGAAAUCAAAGAAAUUGAGAAAAAAAGAGUUGCUGCUUUAAAAAGACUAGAAGAGAUUGAACGUAUUUUAAAUGGUGAAUAGCAUUAUUUAUCAUGUGACAAUGUCUUCAAAGAACUUCAGUCUAUCUUAUGUGAUUGUUUAUACUGGGAGCUUUGAAAAAACAACAAGUGUACAUGUGACAGUCUAUCAUGAGCUGCCUCUACAUAGGAUCAAAAUACGAUUUUCAUUAAAUACCUGUGUUACCCCAGGGUAUGUAUUGUAUAAGAUAUGACAGUAGUUCUGAGUUUUGGCAAAUAUAGCAGAAAUACUAAAUUACAGUUGGCAAAUUUGUAUCUUUUAUGUAGAAGAAUCUACCUGCAGAGUAAUCUUGACUGCUCUCAAAAAUAAUCUAAAGCCUGAAUGAUAAACCCUUGGGGGCAGAUUCAACAUAUGCUAGUUUAUUCUAUGAAUUUGCAUUUAUUAGUUGACUUCAUUACCUUCUGUUACCUUUGGAAUCUGACUAUGGAUUGAAAACACUUAAUGAACACAUUCUUUUUUCUUUGGUAACUUCUGUUUAACAAAGGAACUUGGCACCACAAAAGAAUACUGGCUUCUUUUAGGUUAUGUUCUUUGGUUGAUUUUUAGAAGGACUGCCAGGUAAAACUUUUUAAAAUAAGUCCUAUGACAUGUUAGUUUAAGAAUGUAUUUUUCAUAAUUGUGUGCUUGUCCUUAACUUUACUCUGAAAUGCAAUUUUUAAUCAGGUAAAGUUUUAAAUACACACACACAUUUCUAAUGGUGCUCGUAUAUACUGUAUUUUUAUUUUUUUACAUACUGAGAGUUUCACAGCAUGAACCCCACAUAAAUCAUAGCUAUCUUUGAUUUUUUACUCCCCAAACUGUUCAGGUUUAUUAGAGUCUAGUCAGAUUGAAAAAGUUCCAAUAAUUAUAACUUCAUUUAAACUUUUGAGUUAAAACAUAGUAAGAUUCUCUUUCAUCUUAGUGUUCUCUCUCUAGUGUUAUUUGAAUUUUAAUUGUUCCAAAAACAUAAUCAUUCUUAGAUACUUUAAAAAACUAAAUUGAGUUCUUUAUUUAACUGAAGGCAAAACAAUGUGACAAAGUUUUAUUUUUAAACACUAAGUUCUUGAUAUCUUCCUAUGGUGUAUAUUUUUAUUAAAUAUUUAUUUUGACUACUGAGCUCUCAUAAAAAAAUUAAAGCUGUUUUAAUUCCAUCAACUAUGGAAAACAAAUUGCUGUUGCAUUUUCCUAUAAAUGCAUAUAUUACAGUUUAAACAAAAUUUCAUUGUCUUUGGCAUACUUUCCAGCUAUAAAAGGUAGUUAGCCUCAUAUAGGAUUAAUAGUUAAUUUUAGCAAAUUUAAACCUGAAAACUGUUAGGUUGAAGAGUAGAUAUAAAUCAAAUUUAUUAAUUUAUAUCUGAUUUUUUGAGUUAAAAUACAUUUCAAAUGAGUUUUACAGUAUUGAGUAAAGUUGGUUUUAAUUUAAAAUGUUAAAGCUCAAGCUAUCAUCCUGAGAUAGUAACUGACUUCUAAUUAUGUAGAAUUUAAAAAACUGUAUUUCUGUUCCUCUGAGAUAACUAAAUUGUUUCAAAAAUCAUUACUGUAAGUUUUUAUAAAGAAAUAUUUUCUAAAUAGGUCACAAGAAACAUAGUCUACAUUAAAGACCCACUCUUACUAGCUUCCCUGAGGUUGUGUCAUAGAUUAUUUUUUAGGCAAUUUAAAUCAAGCACUGACACCAAUCAUAGUUCAUUUUUGAUUUAGGAGAUUCUAUUCAGGAUUUAAAGCAAUACCCAGUUUCAGUUUUUAAAUUAUGGAUUUGUGACUCCAGGUAUAAGACGGAGAAUACCUCAUAUACUAUGACUUGAAAAACAAAAUCUAUGUUAAUCUUAUGUUCUCUCCACGUAUCUUGAGAAAAAGUUUCUGAGUUUGAUCUCUUCUGUUAUAGUAUCAAACAAAGAUAAUUCAGAAAAGUAAAGAGAAUCUUUCAUGACAGCAGAUUAUAAUAAGAGCUUUGAGUAAUAUUUUAAUAAAAUUGUAUAACUAUUGAAAAGAUAAAAAAUAUAUUGUUAUCCAAUGAUUUUUAUAGAAAAAAAGAAUUUCCUCCUUAUUUGCACUUAGAACAAUGCCUAUCAUGUAGGAAGUGCUCAUGUAUUUGAAUUUUAAAUAAUUUAUUUAAGCCAAAUCCACCCUGAAUAAUUAAUGAUUUUUCCAAAUUAAUGUUUCAACCCUCACUUCAUAUUAGAAUCAUUUGGAGGGCUCUUAAAUAUGAAUCCCACCCCACAACAAUUUAAUCUGAAUUUCUUAGGGGGCCAUGCUUCUAUUUUUCUUAAAGUUCUCAGGUUCUAAUUUGUAGUCAGGGUUAAUGACCACUGCUCAAAAUUAGUUCAGGAAAUUCUAAAUUAGUUCAAGAAAAUCCUCUUUAUCUCUUCUGUGUUAACUUUUUAAUUUAGUAACAUAACCCGGUUAAGUUUUGAUGUUUUAAUAAUUAUGCUCUUCUGAUAACUAGUAUUUAUUUCAUCUUAAGUACCGUCAAGCUUGCUUAUGUGUAAGGUGAUUAUUCUCUUUAAACUCAUAGUAGAAAUUUUAUUGAAGCUGUUCAAGUGAAAAAAGGUAAUAGAUUUUUUCCCACCUCUUUGGAACUGCCUUUAUGGGGAUAUGGAUGGUUAGGGGCAUUUUAGUCCAGGUCACUAACCUAUGGUUCAUAGUUGUAGGCAUCUGUAUGUUUGGAAAAGAAAGCUUAUCAUAGGUCUGUGUGCUGGUAAAGCGAUGUAGUUUUAGUUCUCACUGUUUUACAAAAGAAUAUAUUCCCCCAGGAGUUCUAGGAAAGCUUUGACAAUCCCGAAGGGGCAGUUAGGUUACCUUUUCACUGCUUCUCAGAAGAAAGAAUUACAUUUUUCUCCUAUUGCUCCUAUGGUAUUUCCUUGUUAACAUUCAGAAUUGGGAGGUUUAUCUUGUAACUAUACCAGUAAGUGAUUUCAUGAAGCUCAUGACUUGGAGGAUAAAACAAAUAUGUUUGCAAUUUUGUGUUUACGUUUAUGUAAAUAUUUAGUAUGUGAAUUACACAAUUCUAAUAAAACCUCAUGCAUUUUCAUUACAUCUAAUUUGAGCUCUCAUCUUCAUGUUGCAGAAUACUUCUUUGAAGAUGCUUUAAUGAGAACUAUUAUGAAAAUAUAUAGAUUUGUAUGUCAGUUUCUACUUCAGAAAUCCAUAUAUUUGUCAUAUUUAUUUUUUUAAAAACUUCCUAAUUGUUUGCAUGAUUAAAUGAUAUUUAAAAUGAACCCCCCAAAAUAUCUGGUACCUUUGUCCAAAAUUUUGUCUCUUGGAAGCUAUCAGCCAUCCAUGUUAAGGGUUUAUAAGAAAAUAGUUUAAUAUUAUAUGCAUUUUAUAUUAUGGUGGUGUCUGUGUGUACCAUAUUUCUAAAUAUUCAGUAUAAAAUGCUUUUUAAAACCUUCA